GGGGCAUUAUAAAGCGGACAGAGAAAGUGCCUCUGUCCAGGACGCAUUCCGACAAGCAAGAGACGCGUGUCUAACUAAGGAGCGCAUCCUCGGAGCCUUCGAAUCGCCUGGAAGGAAAGGAGCUCCAGAAGAUCGAGGCUUUUGCAAAAGGAAAAGUUAACUUCUAGGAACAUGGAGGCUCUCAGGAUGGGAAGCCAGCCCAUUAUGUCACUCACAGAAAUCCUUUUAGCCUUUGCCCUCUCCUGUCUGCUUUUGGUUAUUGUCAAAUCUUACUGGCAGCGGAUUCCCCCAGGAUUGAAGAGACUCCCAGGGCCAAAGGGAUACCCACUCAUUGGCAACAUCCUGGACCUGGGGAAGAACCCCCAUCUGACUUUGACCCAGAUGAGCCAGAAGUAUGGCGAAGUGAUGCAACUCCAUCUCGGCACAAGGCCAGUGCUGGUGCUGAGUGGCUUGGAAACCAUCAAGCAAGCCUUGAUCAAGCAAGGAGAUGAUUUUGCGGGCCGCCCCGAUCUCUACAGCUUCCAGUUCAUUGGAGAGGGCCAAAGCCUCACCUUCAGUAAGAGUCCUGCAGAAGUUUGGCGAGCCCAAAGGAAGGUAGCCCAGAACGCCUUGAAGAUCUUCUCAACUGCGGCCAAUCCAACCUCAUCUGCUUGUCCAUUGGAGGAGUUUGUGUCCAAAGAAGCAGACUACUUAGUCAUGAAGUUCCAGGAGCUGAUGAAGGAGAAGAAUAGCUUUGAACCUUACCAGUACUUGGUGAUCUCCGUGGUCAAUGUCAUCUGUGCCAUGUGCUUUGGUAAACGGUAUGAUCAUGAAAACCAGGAGUUGCUAAGUAUCGUGAAUAUCAACAAUGAGUUUGGAGCAGCAGCAGCCUCUGGCAACCCAGCCGACUUUAUCCCUGUCCUCCAGUAUCUUCCCAGCCGCACCAUGAAGGGCUUCAAGGACCUCAACCAGCGAUUUGAUGCCCUUGUAGGGAGGAUUGUGAAGGAACAUUACGUGAGCUUUGAUAAGUUUGACACAGUGACCACCGCUUUGUCCUGGUGUCUCAUGUACCUGGUGAAUCCAGAAAUGCAGAAGAAAAUUCAAGAGGAAAUAGACCAAAACAUUGGCAGAGAAAGGACGCCCAGACUGUCAGAUCGGAGCAUGUUGCCUUACACAGAAGCAUUUAUCCUGGAGAUGUUCCGCCAUACCUCCUUUGUGCCCUUCACCAUCCCGCACUGCACAACGAAGGACACAGCACUGAAUGGCUUCUACAUCCCUAAAGAUACUUGUGUUUUUGUCAACCAGUGGCAAGUCAACCAUGAUCCGAAACUUUGGAAGGAUCCUUCUGCUUUCAACCCAGAACGCUUUCUGACUGCGGAUGGCACAGCGAUAAACCGAGCCGACAGUGAAAAGAUCCUUACCUUUGGCUUGGGUAAAAGGAAGUGCAUCGGGGAAAACAUUGGCAAAUGGGAGCUCUUCCUUUUCUUAACCAUCUUGGUCCAGAAGCUGGAGUUCAGUGUGUGCAGCAGCGAGAAAGUGGAUAUCACCCCCCAGUAUGGACUCACCAUGAAAUGCAAGAAGUGUGAGGACUUCCAGAUCAAACCGCGUUUCUAACCCAAGAAAUCUGGAAUGAGCAGCCAUUGACAUUGGACUAUUGGGGUGGGGAGGUAUCCGCUAUUGCAAAGGUCAUAAUUUGCCUUGGAGUGAACUGGGCGCCUAGGAUGAGCUGCUGUGUUGAGGCAUUCCUUCAAAAGACUAACAAAAUAACAGGCGGCUUGCUGUUAUCAAAAGGUGUGGAGCUCUGCCUGCCAGAUGCUGAUAGGGUGAGGCAUUUGCAGCUACACACAAAGUCACUUUGCUUUAAGUGAUGGGAAGGAAAGGUUUUUCCAGGCUGAUCCACAUGGAAAAAAACUAGUCUCUGUGUGGUUCUGGUUGUGCAUUCGGACCUCACUGUCCUCAAGCUUGUCUAGUACUACAUAAAGACAAAGGUUGGAUCUAUCAACUUUGGUGUACAGGUUUAGCUUUAAGACUUUUUGAUAUCCAAUGUGACUGCCCAAAGUGCCUUGUGGAAGCUUUAACCCAGCUUGGGGUGUUCCGGAUAAAAUGGGGAACAUUUCUCAUCUCCCUUUGUCUCAGUGAUUCCCAAAGUCUGGCCUUCCAAGUGAUUUGGACUUUGGCUCUUGGAAUCUCAGACCAUGGACCAAAGAUGACUGAGGCUUCUGGAAACUGACGUCCAAAACCUGGAGGACCAGAGUUUGGGAAUCACUAAUUUAGAGGCUUCAAGGUUGAGAGAUGCAUUCAUAGAACAAAGGUGAGAACUGUGUAGCCCUUGUCAAUUGUGAGGAAUGCUGGAGGUAUGUGUGAUUUCUGUCUCUAGUUGUACAAUCCAAGGGUGGGUUGGGUUGUUGGGCAUAGAACAUGGACCUACUUGUCUUGGAAGUAUGCGUUCUCUGUUGGAAAGGUCACCUGGGUCCAUGUUUUCGAACUCUGUGCUUCUAAUUCAAAGACAUCGCUGGAAAAUCGGUAUGCAAAGAGAUCUUGUAGCACCUUUGAGACUAACUGCAAGAAAGGAGUUGGUAGCAUGUGCUUUUUUAAAAUAAUAUUUUAUUAAAACAUAUAAUACUUCCACAAACAUAACAAAUAUAACCCAUCAAGACUAAAGAAAAACACUUAACAGCAUUAGACAAUAUAACAUCUAACCACUAUUUCUAAACUAAAAACAUCUCAAGCCUGUGCUUAACUUUCUCUUCCUAUCUAAAUGCUUUGUUAAUGUCAUAUACCUUUUCUGUUUUUUUAAGGGAAUUUUAACAUUUUGCUCUUAUAUAUGUAUGUAUCUGUAUAUAUUCCCAUUGUAAUAUAUUGUUUUCUCUCUGUUUUAUUGUAUUUCCAGUCUGUUUAGCUUCUUAAAUAUUUUCUUACCGAAUCUCCCCAUCAUAAUUUCAAAUAUGAAAUUCAUCUUCUAAAUUAUAAAAUGUAUUGUCUUUUAACAUUGUUGUUAAUCUAUCCAGACUUAGCGUGUCAAAUAGUUUGUAUAGCCAGUCUUCCACUGUAGGGGAGAUCUGGUUUUUCCAAUUGCUUGAGGAUACAAUGCAAGCGGUUGUUAUCUUAUAGAAUAAGAGGUUUUUUCGUGUUUUGGAUUGAUUUUUCCUUCUAUCAUUUGUAGCAUAUUAAGUAAGUACAUUUCAGGAUGUCAA